AACGUUGGUAACGACACUAAAAUGGUAAAAACACACGGUUAUGGUUUGAUUUCUGUCUUCAAUUAUUUUAUUUUUCAAUGAUUUUUUGUAAUAGAGCGUGACAGGAAAACUAUCAAAUAGGAAAUGUUUAAAUUCGGAUUUUCGGAAAAUAAACAGGAUGAAGUGAAAGGUGAAGAUACUAAAAAAUCAACACUCAAUUGGAUACCUGCCUCAAAGGUGGAGGUAUCGGAAUUGGAAUUGCAAAUCGAGAACCGAUAUGAACCUAAUGAUUACAGAGAAUGUCUGCUUUUUCCGGAUUGCAAAUUAAAAUUAAUUCAACAUGAAAAGGCGUUACACGAUUUGCAAAAGUAUAAUUGUACAAAUAUUUUAGAGGCAGAAUCGCAACAUUCUGAUCGUAUUCCCGCUAAAUACGAAGGUGGCUUAAAAAUCUGGGAGUGCAGUUACGAUUUAGGCCAAUACUUAUUAAAAAAUAUCGAAUUUCAAGAUAAAUUUGUUUUGGACUUAGGAUGCGGUACCGGUAUUAUUGGUCUUAUUGCUCUUCUUAAAAAUUCCAUCGUUCAUUUUCAAGAUUAUAAUGUAGAGGUAAUUAAAACUGUAACGAUCCCGAAUGUUCUAUUGAAUUUUGAGGAUCGAGAGAGCGUAUUAAAUAGGUGUCAAUUUUUUUGCGGUGAUUGGGAAUCCUUCACAAAAUUGCGUGAUUCUAACAAUGGGGAUGAAUUCGUAGAAUACGAUCUGAUUUUCACAAGUGAAACAAUUUAUGACCCCGAUAAUCAUAAAAAAUUGUAUGAAGUUUUCAAACGUAGGCUCAAAGCGAAUGGCAUUGGGUUUAUUGCCGGUAAAAGUUAUUAUUUCGGUGUCGGUGGAGGAAUGUGGCAAUUUCAGAACCUAAUAGAGGAAGAUGCUAUUUUUGAUGUUGAGAUAGUGUGGAGAAAUACAGAGGGAUUACAAAGAGAAAUUCUAAAAAUUACAAGGAAGCAACAAUCUUAGGUUGAUUUAGAAUUUAUUAUUCUAGAAGCAUUAUUCUUUUUGUAAUUUGUAAAACAAGAAAUGUUAUUUAAUAAAAAAUAUCUUUUCUUGUA